AUAAACUCUUUCUUCUCUCAAAGCCAAUGCUUCAUUCUUUGCUCUUUUGCUAAUGUGAAAUUUCCAUCUCUCUCUCUCUCUCUCUUCCUUCACUGAAAGAAUGGCCAAGUAUCACCGAAACGACAUCGGAUCCUUAGUCCUCGACCGUCAUUCCACCACCUCUGCUGUUACCCACUUCCGACUAUGUAAUGCCUUCUCCGACUCUUCGCUCCGUAGGAAAAUCUUGAACGCUGUAAGAUGUGGCGCCAGUUCUCGCCAUCGUCAUCAGCUCAUGCAGGAAAUGCUCAAUGAGGCCGCCCCUCAGCCUAAGCCUAAGUCUCCUCCUACCACCAUCACAAUAAGGUCGGUCUUGAAAGAAUACAACGAACCCAAAAACACAGAUUUCAAAGUAGUGAAAAAAGCUGUCAACAAUGUUAAACCCGAGAAGCUCGUUGAUCUCUUGAACUUAGCUGAAGCCAAAAGCGAUGCUGAGACCACGAAGAAGGUUCAAGCUUUGGAGGAGUUGAAGCGAUUGGUUAAGGAUUUGCAAGUGGAAAACGAAGAAAACAAGAGAGUAGCUGCCAGUAGAGUAAGGUUGCUCACUAAAGAAGAUCCAGAAACCAGAGUAACAUUGGCUAUGCUAGGAACUAUUCCCCCAUUGGUUGCGAUGCUUGAUUUUGAGGAUUCUGAUUCACAGGUCGCUGCUCUUUAUGCUUUGCUUAAUAUAGGAAUCGGAAAUGACCCGAACAAAGCAGCCAUUGUUAAAGCAGGGGCAGUGCAUAAGAUGCUAAAGCUUAUUGAACCCCCUAACAAGCCAAGUCAAUCAAUCUCAGAUGGCAUAAUAAUAAAUUUCCUUGGCCUAAGCACCUUGGAUUCGAAUAAGCCUAUCGUUGGAUCUUCAGGGGCUAUCCCUUUCUUGUUAAGAACCCUUAAGAUUUUGGAUAAGAGAACUGGGUCUCAAGCAAGACAUGAUGCUCUUAUAGCACUUUACAAUCUAUCAAUCUCCCCAUCAAACAUUUCCUUUAUUUUGGAAGCUGAUUUGAUACCCUUUCUAAUGAAUACCUUGGGGGACAUGGAAGUUAGUGAAAGAAUAGUUGCGAUAUUUAGCAAUGUGGUGUCCACUCCAGAAGGUAGAAAAAGCAUUAGUGUUGCCCCAGAAGCAUUCCCAAUUUUGGUUGAUGUGCUGAAUUGGACCGACUCCCCAGGGUGUCCAGAAAAAGCAUCAUACGUUCUCAUGGUAAUGGCACAUAAAGCAUAUGGAGACAGACAGGCCAUGAUUGAAGCAGGCAUUGUGUCAUCAGUACUUGAACUUACACUUUUAGGUAGCACGUUAGCAAAAAGGAGAGCUUCCAGGAUUCUAGAGGUUUUGAGAGUGGAUAAAAGGAAGCAAGUUUCGGAUAAUUUCAGCUGGAAUUCAAGUGCAGCUGUGUCCGCUCCUAUUUACGGGUAUUCGUCGUCAUCGACGAAUCAAUAAGGAAAAGAGUGCUUUGCGUUUGAAGAAGGGGUGAUGAGUGAGGAGAAGAAAGCUGUUAAACAAAUGGUCCAACAAAGUUUGCAGAAUAAUAUGAAGAGAAUUGUCAAUAGAGCCAAUUUGCCACAAGACUUUGUUCCAUCAGAACAUCUCAAGUCCCUCACAACAAGCUCAACUUCAAAGAACUUACCCUUUUGACCCAAAUAUGAAUU